AUGCUCAAUUCCGUACCUGCAAAGUAUCUACUUCAAAGGUCUUUGAUCUACUCCAUAUAUCUCCUCUGUAAAUUCACUGUCAUAGAUGUGUCUGAUGGGAAUCCAACCAAGGAGCCUGUUGUGAAUGCAACCAAGGGGCCUGUUGUGAUACCAAACUCAGAGCCUGUUGUGAAUCCAACCAAGGAGCCUGUUGUGAAUGCAACCAAGGAGCCUGUUGAGCAUGAUGUGAAUCUAACCAAGGAGCAUGAUGUGAAUCCAACCAAGGAGCCUGAUGUGAAUCUAACCAAGGAGCAUGAUGUGAAUCCAACCAAGGAGCCUGAUGUGAAUCUAACCAAGGAGCCUGUUACAUUAUUAUGGAGAGAACGGGCUCAGUCCUGUUUGGUUUUAGACUUGAUUUUCAAAAUGUCGUCGUUCUACGAGUUUAAAGCAAGAAAACUAAAUGGAGAAGUGGUGAGUAUGUCCCAGUACAAGGGCAAGAUUGUACUGAUAGAAAACACUGCUUCUCUCUGAGGAACAACUGUCAGGGACUUCACACAGAUGAAUGAUCUGUGUGACAAGUACCCUGACAACCUGGUGGUGUUGGCGUUCCCAACGAACCAGUUUGGACACCAAGAGAAUUCUAAUGGCGUGGAGAUCCUGAAUGCUCUGAAAUAUGUCAGGCCUGGAAAUGGAUUUGAACCUAAAGCCGAGAUGUUUGAUAAGAUCGAAGUGAACGGAGAUAACGAACACCCAAUGUUCUCUUGGUUAAAGAAAGCACUUCCAGCACCUGGGGAUGAUCAGGAAAGCUUGAUGGGAGAUCCUAAAUUUCUAAUUUGGAAACCUAUUAAACGCUCAGACAUUUCCUGGAAUUUCGAGAAGUUUCUAAUCUCACCUGACGGUCAACCCAUUCAGCGAUACUCCAGGAGUUUCCAGACCUGUGAUGUUGAAGCUGAUAUAAAGAAACUAAUGUAAAACACUAAAAUCCUCCAAAUCUUGACUCCUCUUCAAUAUGACUCUGUACCUGUAAACUCUGCUCUGAUCAAGGUUCAGAUGAUGAUACCACUACGAGGAAUAGGUUUUAAAGAAAUGGAAAUGAAUGUUUUAGUGUUUACACAUAAUAAAUACUUGUAGAGAACUUUA